CCUGGUUGGGCCUGGAAAUGGGAUGUCGAGCCUCUGCGUGGAGCACAGAGGAAGCGAGGGCCUCCCUGAGCCGCUGCUGUGACGGCCAGUGAGUGAGCCGCCGGAGGAUGUCCACCACCACGACGACAGUCACCCCCGCGGGGAUGCCUGUGGCCCCAGGCCCUGUGAACCCGCCCCCGCCAGAGGUCUCCAACCCUGCCAAGCCCGGCCGCAAGACCAACCAGCUGCAGUACAUGCAGAACGUGGUGGUGAAGACACUCUGGAAACACCAGUUCGCCUGGCCCUUCUACCAGCCCGUGGACGCCAUUAAGCUGAACCUGCCCGAUUAUCAUAAAAUAAUAAAAAAUCCAAUGGAUAUGGGGACUAUUAAGAAGAGACUAGAAAAUAAUUAUUAUUGGAGUGCAAGUGAAUGUAUGCAGGACUUCAACACCAUGUUUACAAACUGUUAUAUUUAUAACAAGCCCACAGAUGACAUAGUGCUAAUGGCCCAAGCCUUAGAGAAAAUUUUUCUGCAGAAAGUGGCCCAGAUGCCCCAGGAGGAAGUUGAAUUAUUACCCCCUGCGCCCAAGGGCAAAGGCCGGAAACCGGCUGCGGGAACCCAGAGUGCAGGUACGCAGCAAGUGGCGGCCGUGUCCUCUGUCUCCCCAGCCACCCCCUUUCAGAACGUCCCUCCCACUGUUUCCCAGACGCCCGUCAUUGCUGCCACCCCUGUGCCAACUAUCACUGCAAACGUCACAUCGGUCCCUGUUCCCCCGGCUGCCGCUCCUCCUCCUCCCGCGACACCCAUCAUCCCCGUGGUCCCUCCCACGCCUCCCGUCAUCAAGAAAAAGGGCGUGAAGCGGAAAGCAGACACGACCACGCCCACGACGUCCGCCAUCACCGCCAGCCGGAGCGAGUCACCCCCGCCGCUGUCGGACCCCAAGCAGGCCAAGGUGGUGGCACGGCGGGAGAGUGGGGGCCGGCCCAUCAAGCCACCCAAGAAGGACCUGGAAGACGGCGAGGUGCCCCAGCACGCCGGCAAGAAGGGCAAGCUGUCGGAGCACCUGCGGCACUGUGACAGCAUCCUCAAGGAGCUGCUGUCCAAGAAGCACGCAGCCUACGCCUGGCCUUUCUACAAGCCGGUAGACGCCGAGGCCCUGGAGCUGCACGACUACCACGACAUCAUCAAGCACCCGAUGGACCUCAGCACUGUCAAGAAGAAGAUGGACAGCCGCGAGUACCCAGACGCACAAAGCUUUGCAGCUGACAUCCGGUUAAUGUUCUCCAACUGCUACAAGUACAACCCGCCAGACCACGAGGUGGUGGCCAUGGCCAGGAAGCUGCAGGAUGUGUUUGAGAUGCGGUUUGCCAAGAUGCCGGAUGAGCCGGCGGAGGCUCCCGCACUGCCUGCCCCCGCAGCCCCGGUGGUGAGCAAGGGCACAGAGAGCAGCCGCAGCAGCGAGGAGAGCUCCUCGGACUCGGGUAGCUCGGACUCGGAGGAGGAGCGGGCCACCAGGCUGGCAGAGUUGCAGGAGCAGCUGAAGGCUGUGCACGAGCAGCUGGCCGCCCUGUCUCAGGCCCCCGUGAAUAAGCCAAAGAGGAAGAAGGAGAAGAAGGAGAAGGAGAAGAGAAGGAAGGACAAAGACAAGGACAAGGAGAGGCACAAGGCCAGGGCCGAGGAGGAGAGGAAGGCCAAGGCCGCCCCGCCCGCCAAGCAGGCGCAGCCCAAGAAGGCGCCCACCAAGAAGGCCAACAGCACGACCGUGGCCAGCAGACAGCCGAAGAAGGGUGGCAAGCAGGCUUCGGCCUCCUACGACUCGGAGGAGGAGGAGGAGGGCCUGCCCAUGAGCUACGAUGAGAAGCGCCAGCUGAGCCUGGACAUCAACCGGCUGCCCGGGGAGAAGCUGGGCCGGGUGGUACACAUCAUCCAGUCCCGGGAGCCCUCUCUCAGGGACUCCAACCCCGACGAGAUAGAGAUCGACUUUGAGACUCUGAAACCCACCACUCUGCGGGAGCUCGAGAGAUACGUCAAGUCUUGUUUACAGAAGAAGCAAAGGAAACCGUUCUCGACAAGCGGGAAGAAGCAGGCAGCCAAGUCGAAGGAGGAGUUAGCUCAGGAAAAGAAGAAGGAGCUGGAGAAGCGGCUGCAGGACGUCAGCGGGCAGCUGAGCAACAGGAAGCCCGCCAAGAAAGAGAAAUCGGGCACGGCGCCCCCUGGAGGGCCUUCCCGGCUCAGCAGCAGCAGCUCCUCUGAGUCUGGGAGCAGCAGCUCCAGCGGAUCCAGCUCAGACAGCAGUGACUCGGAGUAAGGAAUCAAGUUGGGCUUGGCCAGCACUCAGCCCCUCCGGUGGCCGCCGCACACGCCGACCUCUGCAGUGUCCCCUCCUACAGUUAAUAUACUACUUCUGUUCAUGGUGUGCAGGUUUCUUUUUAAUCCAGUGUUACGGUAUCUUCCCGUUUUUGCUUUAAUAGGUCAAAGGUCUUUUUUUGUGUAUACACUAGACUUUAUGAGAAGGUGUGAAUCUGCAUAAAGUCUUUUCUUUGCCACUGAAUUUGGUCGCUUGGAGAUGACAACUUCAGAUGCUAACCUGGUAACUAGACAAACACGGAAGAUGUCAUCUGAAUGUUCCUGCAAAACCCCUUUUCUUAUGCCCAACCUGGUCCAGAAAGAAUUUUUUCAAAGGCAGUUUCUCUAAGGUGGUUCUGUAUUUGGAAGCUGUUAGCUUCAUCUCUUGAGCCCUGAGCUCUGACCCUCGUGUCUGAGGGCCACCUCCUCCUGCAGGGGCUGAGGACAGAGGUGCUGAGCUAGACAAGGGGAUCGCCAUGGCUCCCAUCAGAGCUUUGUGGGUGGGGGCAAGCGAGGGUGGGCGUGUGUGGAAGGGGGGAGUGGAGUUUUUCUGAUCUUUGUGAUGUCAGGAGCUCCCGGGAGGGGAUACAGUGGUUGCGUGUGCAGGUUUCCAUACACUGAAACUUUUACCUCAACUUAAAAAAAAGAAAAGAUUAAAAAAAAAAAAAAGGAGACUUUUUUUGUAAGGAUCAGCAAUUUUCUAUGAAAGUCCAGCCCAAUGUGUGUCCCCACCUUGUUGUUAGCGCUCCCGCGGCCGCACACUCCAGAACCAUUUUCCCAAUUUCAUGUAUAUAUGAAUACUUUAUUUAUUAACACCAUUGGUCAUUUUUUUUAAAAAAAGAAGAAAAACAGAACAAAAUAAAUGCAUUAAAACAGUAGCAGAGAUGCAGGCCCCCGUCGUGGUUUGCAGGAGAGCCCAGGUGCUCCAGGUGCUACCCCGUCCCUGCCGGUGCUCAAUCCCGUCUGCGCACCACCCCGGGCCGUCGGGGGGUCGCUCUUUCUGUGUGUGCGUGAGGCUCGGAGACUUGCAGCUAUAGACAGCUUCCCGCUGCAGCACGCUCUGUUUAUUUGGGUGGUUUAGUUGUUUUGUACUCUCUUCUGGUCUCUUUAGGACUGUUUUAAAAGAAACCAAUUUAGGGAACCCCAGUUAUAUAAUAUAAACUUUGUAAUCUGAGAGGAAGAAAUGUAUAGUAAAUCUAAGUCUUGAUUUUUAACUUUCUAUUGUAAAGAAAAUAAUAAUAUACAGAGUUUAACAGAAGGUUAUGUUCUGGUUUUGUUUUUUCCAGAGGCUCCCAUACGGCCUUUUGAGUGCAGGGAUGCCCUCCACUGCCUGCCUAGGUUCUGAGCAUUGUGGCUCCGGCCAAGAAUGCACGGUCAGUUGGCCUUCCUGGCCCUGACCUCCAGAUGGGAGCCCCUCACCUCCCGGCCUCCAAGGGAGGCGCUGUGGCCCCCACUGCCCUAUGCCGUCUUCCAGCCACCAGCAGUGGCCUGGCCGCUCUCCAGGGGUGGAAGAACCUCUGGCCCCAGGAGGGUCCCUCCCUGACAGCUACACAGGGCUCCCUGCUCAAGCAUUUUCCAUGUAGCAGAAAUGGCUGAAACGGCAUUCUCCCAGACAUCCCUGUGAGCAGUUCACUGAGGUGGGUGCUGGAGGUGGAGCCGUGGGUGCUGAUCUGCCUGGAUAGGGGGACUAGUCAGCAGUAUCGUUAAUAGGUGGCGAUUUUUAAAAAAUCAUAACAUUGAUUCAGAUUGCAUCAGCCUUAUGGCUGUGGGUACCCUGAUGGAUCUAGAGCUCUGAUGAGCGAGUGGAUGGUGGAGUACCAUUUUUCUUACUGCUGGUGAUCCUGACACUUGGUGAGUUUUGAGCCAGCUUGUUAAACUUUUAAGUUUUGUUUAUAAUAAAAAUAUAAGUGGAUUUUAAACUUGAUGUUUUUUAAAGUUACCCUUGUUUUUCAAAGGUGUUUUCUAAACAGGUCUUUAGUGGCAUAUUUAAACUAUGACUCUAAGGAAUCAGUACCCGACAGCUCGACAGGUCUUACAGCAGGAUCUCAUCGGCAUAUGCAACCUGUGCGCACCCGGUAACCAGCAGACGCCGGUGUGGCGCUUGGGGGGCCUCCCGUGGAGCGCCUGUCCAGCGUGGGGAGCGAAGGGUCACCGUGUGAGCCGAUAGGGAGAGAAGCACCUGGCCCUAGAGUUGAGCACAGUGGGAGUGUUCGGAGCUCUUACUUGUCCCCUGGUUCCAUGAGAGAGGGUGGGUUCUCGGACCUCUCUUCCCCUCGCCCAGACGGAAACCAGUGGCGUAGCUCCCUACUGAGCAGUUGUGGUUCAUUGGUGCUGCAGUUUCUAAGGCUUUCUGUCCAGACUUCACAACUGAUUUCUCUUCGGUCUGGGGGCACCUCCUCCACCCUCGAGCUCGUGGGUGUCGGUCAUUUCCGUUUCUCUGUACUGGGAAGACUGCAGCUGGACAAGCAGAGUGGCUCCAGUGCCGAGAACUGCAGGGCAGCGUUCCUGAGCUUUUCUCAAGGGGACAGAGUGGUGCGUUAAGUAGGUUGGCCACGUGUAGGGAAUGGCUUUGGAAACACACCUGGUGACCGUGACCGUGACCUCGACCGCAUGGGCCACAGGGGCAGGCUGUGGUGUGCUCGUCCUGGGUGGCAGGACGUCAUCUUGCUUACACACUGUAAGAUACGUUUUCUUUUUGUUUUGGUUUGUUCUUUUGCGUCUUUUACAGUCAUUUGGGGAAAAGCAGCCCCCGCGAUAUGGAUUCGUCGCGUCCAGAGUAGGGCUGCCCCUUAAUACGCGUAACACUUCCAGGAAGUUUUCCUUUUUAUAUUUAAAAUGUUACUUUUCUGUAUGACGUGCAUGCAAGUUUACCGUAACUUUUCUUAAACUUUUUAGUGCCGUUUCUAGUAUAUUCCUGUAAAUGUCAGUUACUGAAAAUGAGUCCAAUGUAAGUAGUUUUAGCUUGUUUAUUGCAAUGCUGGCCUCAACACAACAGAAUAAAAAUGGUAGAAAGUACUCUUUGAUGUUUCUGGUAAUCAUGGACCCUUCUCCUGGGGCAUUUGUUUUGUUUUCAUAAUAAAAGCAAAAAAAAAA